GAUGCUUUUGUUUAUUGAUUAGAUCUCUGGAUCUAGCUGCAUUUUUUGUCUUGAUUUUGAUUUGAAUAGGUGCAUCUGAGUUAGAUGUAGAGAGAAUUGUGUAUCGAUUUUUGGUAAACAAGUAGUUAGGAGAGAACCGAGUCAAAUCGGGCAUUUUUUUGUUGUGUUGAUUGUGUAAUUGCUUAUUGGAUAUCUUAUGAUCUUUGGUUAUUAUUGCUCUCUCAUCAUUUUGGUAGUAGUGCCUCAAGUAUUGUUGAUUCGAUGAAUUGAGUAGCAUUAUGAAUGUAAUUUGGUAUACUAGCUGAUGGUGCUGUUCACUUUGUUGUUAGAUUGAGUGAAUUGUACUGUCCUUGUGUGAAUUGUAAUUGGCAUUUUUUUUUAAUCUUUAAUUUUAAUUUUUAUCUUGUGCUUUAUGAGCUCAGAUUUCUAUUUUACUGUUUUAUUAAAAUGUAACAUGUAUGUGUGUAAGUCAAUUUUGUAAUGAGUUUAACUAGUGUCUAUGAAAUAUCUGGUGAUUCUGGUUUGUUGAUACCACUCUUUUGUUUUAUUGCUCUAGCUUACACAUGCCACUUACACGUUUGAAUAUAACCUUUCAAGGAUUUUGUAGAAGCCAUUACAGUGUAAAGCUAUAUAGACUUUGAUUGGACUACAAUGGGCAGGAGUAUAGGAGCAGUUCAUCUAGAAGAUUUUAGAGGCUUAGGGUGUAUAUAAUAUUAACACAAUACAUUCAUUACACAAUCGAACUAUGAAACUCUGUUGUGUCUUUAGGGGCUUAUGUGUACAAGUUGCCCUUGAUGCUUAUUAAUGAUAGCUUAUAUAUAUAUGUAUAUAAAUUCUACAAAUAUUGUUAAGAGCUUUUUAACCUAGGCCUUAAUUGAGCCCCGUAGGUCUUUAAUGCACAUCAUCAUCUUUCUUGAUUUAAUGAGUCUCCUUCCUUACUGUCACUCUCCUCCCUUUGCACCAAGUUUCUUGUAACUAUAGUUAUCAUCUUGUACAUGGUGGAACUAAAACAACUUAAUAUUGACAAUAAUUUGUUAUAUAUCAUCUCCGUGUAUAAAGAAACAGCUGGGUUGACGGUCAAUGAUCCUGUUUUACGAACACACAAGCCUCUGUCGGUGGAGUUGUGUCCUGGAAUCUUGGGGAAUAUAUUUGAUGGUAUUCAGAACUACAAUGGGACCAACGAUAUGCUUGGAAAGUGUGAACAGGUUUUUGUUUUGGUUUGAUGAUGGAGGGAAGGGAAGUGCAAAAAUCCUGUAUAGGUAUUGAUAACAAAUUUUGUGCUUGAUGAACAUUUCAAUUUUUCUUGGACUUGAUGAAUGUCCUGCGAGUGGAGUCCAAAUUAUGAGUAUUUGCGUUCAGAAUUACUCUUUCCAGUCAG